AUGGCUGAGAGCUUUGACAUGCGCGGUGUCGACGGAGUAGUAGUCCAAAAGCCAGCGGAAGUGGUUGCGUUGAAGCCUAAUGAAGUUCGUGUCAAGAUAACACAUACCGGAGUUUGUGGUACAGACCUUUUCUACGUACAGUAUGGUUGUGCGCUAGGACAUGAAGGUGUCGGCAUUAUCGAGGAAGUUGGCAGUGCUGUGAAGCUACACAAGGUUGGCGAUCGAGUUGGUGGCGGCUAUUUGAGAUCCAGUUGUGGCAGCUGCACGUACUGUCUUACAGGUCGAGAUAUCUUAUGCUAUUCACGCGAUUGCUAUGGCAUGGCAAGCUUUUCCAAUGGUACAUUUGGGACUUAUUACAUUGGUACUGAGUCAUAUGUCUAUCCAAUCCCCGAGUCGUUACCUUCAGAGUUCGCUGCACCGUUACAGUGUGCGGGAGCAACGGUAUAUGCAGCACUGAAGGCAUACUCUCGACCGGGGUUACGCGUAGGCGUCCUCGGAAUUGGUGGACUUGGUCACCUUGCAAUCCAGUUUGCCGCAAAGUCGGGAGCCGAGACUGUCGUUUUCAGUACCAGUGCAUCCAAGGAGGAGGAAGCAAGAGGCUUUGGUGCUUCUGAAUUCGUGAUUUUAGGUCAUGAGGACCAAUUGACGAAGCCGGUGGAUGUGCUUCUGAUAACCGCAGCUAAAUCUCCAGAGUGGACUACCUUCAUGAGUGAAAAGGUUGUUGCCAGAGGCGCGCAGAUCGUUGUUUUAGGAGCCAUUGCGGAGACUUUGGAACUUCCUUUCUCGUCUUUAUUCUUCAACUGCUAUAACGUCGUGACGAACCUGGUUGCCUCCCGAGCAACACACGGUGAAAUGCUGAAUUUCGCAGCAGCUCACAAUAUAAAACCAGUCAUCGAAGAGUUCGAGCUCAAUGAGGCGGGAGUGGCUGAUGCAAUCAGCAAAUUGAAAUCUGGCAAGCUAAGAUAUCGUGCUGUGCUUCAUGUUUAG